AUGGAUUGGUCAUGGUUGGUCAUUCUACAGCUCACCUCGGCAAUUACAGGAAUCGUAGGAAACUUCCUGGUGAUUGCUGUUCUUUUUCAUCGCCGAAGUAAAAACAGAUCAACGGAUACCCUGAUCGGUGGACUGGCUUUUGCAGACUUCCUUACUUCGAUAUUCCUCAUUCCCAUGCCCCAGCCAGCGUACAUCCCUAAGACCUGGUUGGGUGAGGUCUUAAGCAGACUUGUCUUCACGCAAAGCCUGCUCUGGACAUCCAUAACGGUCUCAGCGUACCUCCUGAUGUCUAUAUCUGUAGAACGGUACAUUGCAGUGGUCCAUCCUCUUCAUUUCAAGCGCCUCAUCACUCCACGACGUGUCUCGACCCUGAUCGUUAUCAUUUGGGUCCUUUCCGUCUUAUCUGGACUUUUUGGCUCAUUUACUCGUACUGUUGACACCUUUACCAACAAGUGCAAGGAGCAGUACAUAAACCGCUUGACAAAAAUCAUUGUAGCUUUCUAUUGGUUCUGCCUUCUCCUCGUUGUCCCUUCUCUCACCAUGCUAAUUACCCAGGUUCUAAUCGCUCGCAAGCUUAGUCACCGCUCCAACCAAUUUAGAGGCAUGACCAACAGCCUCAAUGGAAAAACAAUGCCAUCUUUCCAUAUCGUGGCCAGAAACCGCGUUCUGAAGAUGAUGCUGAUCGUCAUCCUCAUCUAUCUUGUCUGUUGGACUCCGAACCAUAUUGCAUAUUAG